CCCACUUCCUCAAAUGCAAAGAAAACAAACCCAGAAGCUGUGCUAUUUAUCAGUGCUUUUCAGUGAAGCCAGGGGCUGGUGGAUGAAAUGCAGCCGUAACUUCAGCUUCUGUGAAUUAAAGUGUGACUGAGGUAUUACCAAAGGGGGACCUGCAAAAGCGCCAACCAAGAGGCUUAUGGUGCAUCUGGAAAGCAAAAGAGAAAGCUUUGCAAGAAAGCUAGAAAAGUACUUUUAUGGGGUUGCUUACAACCGAGCCCAGGAGGAAGUGCAUUGGCAAAUCAACCUUAAGCGAGGCUUCAUUUUUCAAGCGAGCUCUGGAGGGAAUCAAAACAGGGCCCGGGAUUAGAAGAAGUGUCACAGUACAGAGACGCUUGGAAAAAUAGCCACAUUUAAAAAGCAAAAUAAAACCUUGGUUCAAAAUGUCUCUCAAGCUGCCACGGAAUUGGGAUUUCAAUCUGAAACUGGAUGCUGCAAAAAUAGCUCGUUCCAGGAGCGUGAUGACGGGUGAUCCCAUGGCAGCUUGCAACUGGGCAGCCUCUCCCAACCUGCUGGAGCGGCCCCUGAAGAUAGGCUGGCUGAAGAAGCAGCGCUCCAUCGUCAAGAACUGGCAGCAGCGGUACUUUGUACUGAGGGGCCAGCAGUUGUGUUACUACAAGGAUGAGGAAGAUGCCAAGCCCCAGGGCUGCCUGUUUCUGCAGGGAAGCACUAUCAAGGAGGCAGUCAGCAACCCAGAGGAAGCUGGGAAGUUUAUCUUUGAAAUCAUCCCAGGGGUCUCAGGAGACCAGAAUCGAACAGGACAAGACUCCUAUGUACUGAUGGCCAACUCCCAAUCCGAGAUGGAUGAGUGGGUUAAGUCGAUCCGAAGAGUGGUGGGAUCUCCAUCAGGAGUGGUAUUUGGCCAGCGCUUGGCUGAGACUGUGGCGUAUGAACAGAAAUUUGGGCAGCACCUGGUCCCCCUCUUGAUGGAGACAUGUGCAGAGUUCAUACGUGAACACGGCAUGAAUGAGGAGGGCAUCUUCCGACUGCCUGGCCAGGACAACCUGGUGAAACAGCUGAGGGACGCAUUUGACGCUGGGGAAAGGCCAUCUUUUGACCGCGAUACAGAUGUACAUACAGUGGCCUCUUUGUUCAAACUCUACCUGAGGGAACUCCCCGAGCCGGUUGUACCGUGGUUGCAGUAUGAGGACUUCCUCCUGUGUGGAAUGCUUCUGAAUGCUGAUGAAAUGAAGGGUCAUCAGGAGCUAGUGAAGCAGCUGUCUCUGCUUCCCCGAGUCAAUUACAACCUCCUCAGUUAUAUCUGCAGGUUCCUACAUGAAAUACAGGUGAACUCCAGCGUCAACAAGAUGAGUGUGGAUAACCUGGCAACAGUGAUUGGAGUGAAUCUCAUCAGGCCAAAGAUAGAGGACCCUUCAGUUAUUAUGAGAGGCACCCCCCAAAUCCAGAGAGUGAUGACUGUGAUGAUAAGCGACCAUGCCAAGCUCUUCCCUUUGUCAAAAGAUGAGCCCCCUUCUCCACCUGCCCAAAGGAAUGAUUCCAAGAAGAUCCAAGUGCCGCGCAGUUCUGUGGGCUGGGAUGCUGCAGAAGAUCCACCAGCGUCCAAGGCAAACACUGUAACCCAUGGCCAAAUGAGAGAUGACCUAGAUACCAGCAGUCCCACUUCCUCUGGAGCUGCGGUCAGGCUGGACGCAUCCCUCGAAGAUAAUGAUGUAAACCAAUCCAAAGAUAUGUUGGAAAUGUGGAAAAUACAGUCCAGGAAAAGAACUCAGACCCUUCCUAACAGGAAAUCCUUCCUAAUUGCUUCCUCUCAGGGGGAGAAAGCCAGCAGCGAUAAAAAUGACAUAUUCAGCAAUGACUUUUGGACAUCUUCAGGAAGUCAGUUCUCUCCGACUUCCCCAAAGGAACACAAAAGAACAUUGUCUCAGGAUCUUUUUAAGCUGCUCGACCGUCACCGGACUUCGACCUAUGACAAUGUCCCUACCUGCCAGGCAGAGAGUGGGGAGAGCACUUGCACUAGCCCUCUCAGCACAGCAAGCAGCAGCUCCAAGAAAGAUUUGUUAGAAAACCAAAGCCCUAGCCUUGUGCCAAAGGAACUAUUGGGUCCAAACAUCGGUGCUGAGAACUGUGGCUCUGGUCAGGAGAACCAGGAGUCCCUUCGAAAGGUGAUCCUAGGGCUGAAAAAAGAAAUGGAAAUGCAGAAAAAGGACUAUGAAGAGCAAAUAAAAAGCCUCCAGAAGGAGAACUAUGAAGUCUGGGCCAAAGUGGUGCGACUGAAUGAAGAGAUCGAGAAAGAGAAGAAGAAGUUUGUGGCGCUGGAAUUGAAGCUUCAGAAUGUGGAGCGCUCAUGGGAAGACGUUGAGAAGAGGAACAAGGUGCUGGAGCAGGAGAUCCAGGACUUUGUCAAAUCCAUGAGUGGUCCCAGGGACAAAGGAAAAUAAAAGAAUGGACCUGGAUGUGCACACACAUGGAGUACAGCUGCAUGGUGGAUUAUCCUCCCCCUUCAGAUAGGAAUUACCAGACUGGAUUGAACCAGGGGUCUCUCUUGUCCAGAAUUCUGUUGCUGUGAAUGGCUAGCACUAGCUGCUUCAGAGGAGCGUGUAAGGAGCCCUACAGGUUAAUCUUCCUCUAGGGAAAGUUCCUUCCUGACCUCUAGUAGUGAGAAAUUGGUUUAUGCCUUGAGGUAGGAGGGUUUACAUCUUUUUCAAAACUCUCUUUUGCUUUUUUAUUCCUGCUCUGUUCAAGUUAUCCAUAUACGUGGCAUGAAUGAUACCAUGUGGCAGGGAGUUCCACGUGCUGAUUGUACAGGAUGCCCAUUCACAGUGGCCCUGAAGGAAUCUCUCUGUCACACACCAGUUCCCUGGCCUGAAGAGUGAUAACACUUGUCCUGGGAGAAAGGACUGAUGGUUUUUAAGUUUCUCAGAGGGGAAAAAAAUAACAUUGAAAAACUGGACCCAGGAACUUGGAAGAGCCUGUGUCCUUAUCAUUAUAUAGGUGACUGCUUUGAGUUAGAUUGGACAUUGUACUGCACUCUACGGUUAAACCCCUUUUCUCCAUCCUCUGCUCCUAGGCUGAGUGAAAUUACAGUUUUCAGAAUAAAGUCUACGUUUUAGUAUUGCUGUCAGAAAGAUGGAUAAAAGCAAACAAAUCACCUUAUGCACCCCUCCUCCUCAGAAGUCCAGUGCAGAAUUGUUCCCCAGAGUAUAUUUUACCUGUCACACUUUAUAUUAAGAUUCCAUUUAUAAAUAGUUUAUAACAGGUUAAUAAAUCAUAACUGUUUUAAUAAA